UUAGUGUCAUAGCUAAAAACUAAAACGCAAAAAAUUACUUACUUUAUAAAUAUAAAAUCGAAGUUAUUUAUCUUUAAAUUAGAGAUUUGGUUAAGUAAAUAGCAAAAUGAUGUUUUCAACGUCUAGACUUCAUUUAGAUUAACCCAUGGAAAAAAUAACCUACAAUCCUAACUAAACAGUUUCCUCAUCUCAAAAAAAAUUUUACAUAAAAUAAGAUACAGAUUCUCCAAUUAAAAAUAAAAGUUAAUUCUAACAUUCUACAAAGAGUUUUAGCAAAAAAUAAUUUGAGUUAUAAGUAAGGCAAACGUUUAGGUAAAGAUUAGAUAAAAAAAAAGAUUUUAUGACUUAAUCUGCCUUAUAAAGCACUAUAAAUUCAUCUGAUGUAAGGACAGUUGAAUAAAUUUUUAAUUCAACUCAUAUGGCAUUUUUAGCAGCACCAGAUGAUCUUUUGAAUAAGUCUUUAGGUAAAGACUACUUAUCUAUGAAGAGUUUUACUCCUAUGUCAACAAUUCUAGUUAAUAACUAAUCUUGGUAGUCAUUUGCUAAAAGGAAUUAAGAUUAGAGCAAUACAAGAGAAGUGAUGUCAAAUCAACUUGUUUUCAAUAGAACUUAAAAAAAUUUCCUAGUAAAUUAAGCUUAAAAAAACUAUACAGAAAAUUAUGAUUAAUUGAUUGACUCAUAUAGAAAAAGGGAAUAAAAAUUUAAUUUACCUAAGAUUAAGGUUAAGAAUCAUGACUAAGUGUUAAAUAAUAUGGCUAAGUAGUAAAGCACAUCUCCAGUUAUUGGAACUGAAGGUAAUCUGAUGCCAUAAUAGCAUAACGAAGAAGACGAUGAUCCGUUUAACAAUUAAAAUAAAGAAUAAAAUGAGAAAAAGCUAACAAAUUUAAAAUUUUAUUGGUAUUGUAUCACUGAUGAUGGUUGGAGACCUGAGACAAGAGAAUAUCCGAGUCUUACAUACAUUGAUGGAAGAUUAUAUUUAUACGGAGGCAUGGGUUUAGAUUUAUUUAACACAAUGUGCUACCUUGAUUUUCAAACAUGGAAAUGGACAAAUAUGGAUUAAGCAGCUUAACUUUAAGAAGGAAGAUAUGGUCAUACUGCUCAUUUAUAUAAAAAAGACUUGCUUGUAUUUGGUGGAGAAAAAAAAUAUAAUUCUCAUCUUAAAAUGAGAUAAUGUUUUAAUGAUAUUUAAAUAUACGAAUUUUCUAAGAAUAGUUGGAAUUAAAUUAGGACAUUCGGAGAUAUUAUUGAAAAUAGAAGAAAUCAUGCAUCAGUUUUAAUUACCAAGUUUUUAUUUAUAUUUGGAGGUAUCAACAGUUAUAAUAAACAUUUAUACGAUUUUGUAUCAAUUAAUUUAGAAACUUUUAAAUGUAACAUAUUGUAAGUUGAAGGAUUAGAUAAAGGUCUCGCUUUCCACUAAAUGACCCCUAUUUUCAGAGGAGAUGCUAAAAUUGAAAAUCCUUAUUAUAAUGUAGAAAUUAAAAAAACAAAAGAUAAAAAAGUUAGAAAAGUCAAAGAAGAAGGGUUGUACGUAUUUGGAGGUUUGCUACAAAAUGGAGAGGCAACAAAUUAAUUAAGAAUAAUAAAGCUAGGAUAAAAACCACUUAAGUGGGUAGUACCUGAUGUUAAAGGAGCACUUCCAAUGGCAAGAUAUCAACAUUCUCAGCACUAUUAUGAUGAUUUAAAUGUACUUAUUGUUUAUGGUGGCAGAAAUGAUAAUUCAAAAUUCUAUAGAAGCUAUAAUAUGAAUAUUAGCUAAAAUGGAAUUCUUGGUGAUAUAUGCCUCCUAGACUUAGAAACAUUAAAUUGGAUAAGUGUUGAAGAAAAUGGUCUUAAGAAUCUUCAAAAAUGUGCUUUUGCAUCCUAAAUAAUUGGAUCUAAAAUUAUAAUUUUUGGUGGAUACCAAGAAAAGGGGUUUGUAAAUGCUGACAUGUAUGUCUUGGAAUUAGAUUAAUCAAAAAACAGAAAAUUAAUUAAAGAGAGCAACAACCCUCUACAGUCAGGACUUUCUAAGAACUGCAUUUCCAUUGUUGAUAUUUUGAAUAACCAUACUGACUUGUUUGAUAUUUAAGAUGAGUUUUCUAAGCAAAAAAAAAAGAAAAAUUAGUUAAAUGAUACAGGUAGUAAAGUUGAAUUGUCUGAUAAUGAAACAAGUCACAUAUUGGGUAUGAGAACUUACUAGCCGAUACCUUAAAGUAUACUUAGGAGUAGAAAAUCAUCUAUAAAUAAAUCAUUUUUGUCUUCUUUGCAAUAAAAUUAAAAUGGACUUAAAUUCAAAGUUGAUGAUAAUGGAAUACCUUCAUUAAAUUGUGUACCUGAAGAAGAGGAGGAUUUGGGCUAGUUUAGUACAAAAAUAAUUAUUGAAUAAGAAAAAUAAUAAAAUGUAAGUAAAAAUAAAAAAACAGUUAGCUAUGCCUAAAUCUGACUUGAUCUUAUUUUGUUAAACAAGAAAUUUUGUUUUAAUUAAUUAAUUAAUUAAAUCAAUCAGUAAGUAAGUAAAUAAUUCAAACAAAAAGGUAAACAUUUCAAAAGAUAUUAAAAUUAUUUAUUAAGUAUUAAUUUGUAUAUUAUAUUUAUUAAUUAUUCUUUAUUUUUUUUGUAAAAAAAUUAUUUAUUGUAAUUUUAAUAUUCAACCAUGUUCUCAACCUAUAGAAUUUAAAAUACUUCUUAAAAAAUAAAUUAAUAAUUUCAAUAAUAUACAUACAUUCCUAUAUUCAUGUUUUAGUUAUUAAAUAAAC